GCUACAAACUCUCCUGUACAACAAGAGACUAUAACUACUAGGUAUAUUCCCAUCCGCCACAAAAGCCAAAUGUUGUGAUCUUCACAAUGCAUGAAAUCCUUCGAAUGGCGUUCCCUUUCCCUUUCCAAAUCUAGGAAGAAAACAUCAUCAGCCCAUCAAUUCCAUCACUCCAAACACACGCCCAAAAUAUGAAUAGAUCAUUGUCAAAUCGCACUUCAAUCCAUCCAAGACCUCUACACAAACAAUAUCACCCUUCGUACACCACCCAACAUCUUCUGCGAAUUCUCAAACAAUAUCGACCAUCUACCCAACAUUUCCACGCACGGGAACUCUCCCAUGAUCAUAAAGUCUUAAAAGCUCCCCUGCUUCAUUUUGUAUUAUCCCUGGUCCCUUCUUAGACCUUUUUUUCUGACCCUUCACUGUCUCCCUCGUCUCCCUCGCCUCCCUUCCAUUCCUUGUAAUUACUUGAUAUCUAUCAUCGUUCAUUCUUUUCUCAUGAGCUGUGCUGUGUUGGUGGUUCCAUCUUUUAAGAAUAUUCUGAAACACUUCUUCUCUCACAAAACACGAGGAGACAAGACGGCUGAACAAUCGCACAUCACACACGCACACACAUCCAUGUCCCUCGCCCCAUCUCAUCCCAUCCCCCUCAUUCAUCAUCACUCAGGUAAUAAUCCCAAUUUGAUCAACGCGCGCGCCAGUUUUAUACCAUCUUGGUAUCAUAGCUGAAGCUGGAAAUUGAUAUACAGACAAUCACUUUGCCAUCCUCAUCAUAUUGGUCCUGGUGAAUUUUUAUCCUUUUCUCCUCUUCUUUCCUCUCUCUGCUCUAUGCUCUCUGCUCUCUGCUCUCGUCUUGAAUUCCUCCACUUGAUCUCUCCUCCUUCAUUAUCAUGUUUACUAUGAUCCUUUAUUUUAUUUCAUCCGUAUCAUCAAUUUAUUCACUUCAUUCAAUUGUUUUCUUCAUCGGGCAUUGGUAGUUUGUCAUCGCAUAUCGAUACACUAUCAUAGCUACCCAAAAUUAUCUAGAUCUCUCCUUAGAUAUGGCUACAAGAUACAAAAUACCAACAGUUGAAUCAAUAAUCGAAGAUUCCGAAGAUGAAUCAAGGGACGAUGUAAGGGGUAAUAUCGAACGAGAAUUCCAGAGUAGCAUAACUCGUCGUCAACAUCGAUCAAUCCACGAGUCCACAAUGUCCUCUUCACCCACAAAAGCCAAUACGAGUAGGGAAAGAGAUAGAUCAAGAAAGAUGCAUAAAUCUACCUCGAGUGGCACCAGACACUCUGCAUCAAAACCAAAACCUAAGCAUACAAAUGCGAAGCGCGCAAGUGGAUCAUCUUCAAAAGGAAAUGAUAUGGAGGGGCAACGUCUUCGCCAAAGGCCGGUACAACGGAACCGAGUUCCAAGUUCAUCAUCGUCGUCAUCGUCAAGCUCUUCGGAUGAAAAUGAAAAUCUUCCUAAUCACAAAUCGGUCCUUGCAGCUUCAAGAGCAAAAUUAACAUCUCCAUCUAUGAUAUCCAAUUUAACUUCUUUGACUACAUCAACCAAUAAAUCUAGUAGCUCAAGUGGAAGUAACUCAACAGUAACUCAAGCUUCUAUUACGAAAGGUUUACCUUUGGGGAAAGGAACUGAAGUUAAAAAAGAGUCUCUAUCGCCAGCUGUACCAUCUCCUCCAAAUGUGUUUGCCUAUUUACAACAGGACUCCGAUGAAGAAGAUGGAGAAGAUGAGGAGGCUAGGAAAGAGAACGCAGAGGGGAAAAAGGUGGAGACACAAGACGAUACCUCUAAAUGGUUGAUUGACCAUAGCGAUAAAAGCUUCACCCCAAUAUCACGUCCACAAACUCCUGAGAUACAUCCAAGUGGCCCUUCAUCAGUAUCAAGUAGUCUUCAUAGUGAUGACUUCUCAGCACCAGAAGCCGAUAUCGACACAGAUAGGAGUACAUCACCGGAAAGAAGUGUUAAUGGUCGAGAAAAUCUACGAGUCACCACGAAUUCAAAAGAUGCGUCAGUCAAGUUAGCGUCCCAAAUGGCAGCUGCCAAUCAAAGACAAAAUUAUUACGGAGCAGCUCCAUCAUUUGGAACACCAAAAAUCCACCAUCACACAGAUAGUAAUCCACUCUCUCCCGCUGAUCUUGAAACACCCCGCAAUCCACAUCCACCCAAACACACACUUCAAUCUCAGAUUGACCCGACUAUUACAGGCUAUGAACUUCUUGCCUCUCGCUUAUCAGCAUCUUCCCAUUCCGGUUCCGGUUCAGGUUCAGAUACAGUAGUAGAAGAUCGUAUCAAGCCAAUGUAUCGAAAAUUCGAAGCACUCAAUCAUCGUCUUCUCCUUCAUCUUCAAGAUGAGAUAAGCGAACUUGAAGAACAGUUACAAAGAUUGGAUAAAGCCGAUACGGAAUCUAGAAGGUUACGACAUACUGGUAAUGUUAAUAUUGGGGUGGAUGUAAUUCCUGCAUCGAGAAGAGCAAGUGAACAAAUGGGUGGUGAUUUACAGUGGCAUAAAAUGGAUAUUCUAGGGAGGAUCGGUUACAAGUUGGCUCAAUACAAUCAAACUUUAACCUUAUUCCACUCUCUUCAAUCACUUCCUCCCGCUUCUCAACCGGAUAUCAGCCAUUAUCGCGAAUACCUUCAAACCGUCCGCCCCAUAACCGAAGUAGAAACGAGAUUCUUGGAUCCAAAAGUUGAGGAUGAUUUAGUUUCCGUUGCUUCUGGUUCUUCUGGUUUUAGAAGCCAAGGCUGUCAUCGAAAUGGAGAUCAAUUCAUUCGUCAUAAACGUUCACUACUAUCCUCAAUAUCAGAUAGUAGUGAUGAUGACCAUCCAAUUGAGAGAACACCGACCAGUAGCGCUGUCGACUCACCUCUUCAUCCACCACCUCAUUUAGCGAAUGAUCAUCUUGGAGCAGGAAAUAAAAUUUCUCAUGCAGAAGAUUUCCCUACCUUGGCAUGUGCAAUAGCUCUUAGUAUCUUAAUCCCAAUCCUGACUUUCGCAACGAUCCCAACAUUCCUAGGUAGGAUGACGGUGGUUUGUUUGGUGGGUUCGGGUAUUGUAGGUGCACUUGUACAAAGUGGAUUUAUAGGUCUAACUGAUGUCAUUGGAAGUAUUAAGGCUUUGAGGGGUUCUCAAAGGAGAGAAGGAUUGGUUUGCGUGGGGGUUUAUUUGGGGUGUAUGGGGGGUGCUUGCGGGGGUUGUUGGGUAGUGAAUUCUUUUGUGUGUGUGAAGUGGAAGGUAGAAGGAUGCUGUGAUGCGAGAUUCGAUUUCUUCUCGGUUGCUCUGGUCAACCCGACUAUUUGA